AUGGAUCCUGUCAAGCGAUUCUUCUCCUCUCCGCGCUUCGCCGUGGCGGGCGCCAGUAACGACGCCCACAAGUUUGGAUAUAAGCGUAAGUCAAAAGACGAAUAUCUCCAUGGGCCACCCUCGCUAACAUUCCAUUAUAUUCUCUUCCCUUUAGUUCUUGCAUGGUAUCACCAGCAUUCACUACCUGUGACUCCCCUCAAUCCGAGGGCAGCGCAGAUCUCCCUCCCCUCGCGUGCCUACGAUACAGUUCCCUCACCAUCCGGACUUCCCUCCCCGACUCAGACUUCGUUGUCGGUGGUGACUCCACCUCCAGUGACCCUCAAAGUACUACAGGAAGCUCAUUCUGUAGGAAUCCCUGCUGUCUGGUUGCAACCGGGGACCUUUGAUGACGCAGUACUGGAAUUUGCCCAUGCCAAUUUCGAGGCGGUGAUUGCGGGAGAUGGUGGACAGGGCGGCGAGGGAUGGUGUGUGUUGGUUGAUGGUGACGAGGGACUGGAAUCAGCUGGAGUCCAGUGGACCAGCCAAAGAUUAUAA